GUUUGUAUAAUAUUGAUUCACACUUUCAUUGCAGGUGUAUGAAGUGGGAUAGUAACUGCAAACUUUAAAAGAUUAUGAAUUCCAAAGAAAUGGAUCUGAGGUCAGUUUCAGAGUUGAUCUCAAAAGAUUUACAGCUUGUCCCAUUUGACAAAUGGAGUACAGGAUUAAGUAAAACAAAAACAAAGAUAGAAGACAUGAUUUUAUCAUUUGAAGUUUAUAACAUGGGCAUAGAAAGGGUUCAUCAAGCCGGAAGUAUAGCAGAGGGUACAGCAGUUGAGGCAAGUGACGCAGAUAGGAUGUUUCAGUUGAGAGGAAUAGAAAUUCUUAAGUCCAGGAAUGCCUGUGUAAAUGUGAGGAAGGGCAUUAUUUAUUUUGUAUCUGAUUCAAGUAGAUGUAAUCCGGGAUAUGUCAGACUGAUACCAAGUGAGCAUAACAAAUCCAUGUACCACACUAAGUUAGAAACGGAUUUUUGUGAUUACCUUCAACCAAUGUCAGACGGGUCUUACUUGUCUAGUGAAUGGUUUCGAUAUAUGAUGGUAAGCUUAACGCAAAAUGACGAUGAACCACAGUUCCCCUUUGAAAUAGUUCAUCAUGGCCCAUGCACGAUGAUGAACUACGAAUAUUUGUACCGCGAUAUUGACAGUAAGCGAGCGGUUGUAACAGAAUACGACACAGCCUACGCUUUGACGUACAGAGGUUGGCCAGAAGAAGCAAUCGAAUGGAAAACUAGGGAUAGGAAAUUUGGCUGGCAUGCGCCUACAUUGAUAAGUAAAAUAUCUAAAAUGAAUUGUCAUGUUGUUCCUGUGGGUGAUUCCAGUUCUACGACAUGCUCACUAGAAUGGCGACAGUCGUUUCUGUUAUGCGAGAAGGAACUUAUAUGGAACUUCAACGAUACGCAAAUACAGUGCUAUGUGAUCAUGAAGAGGCUUGUCAAAAAAUACAUUGAUCCUCUUGCGCCCGACCAGAUAAGCUCAUACAACCUAAAGACAGUGAUAUUUUGGGUAUCUGAGGAACAUGGAUUGUAUGAAUGGACUCCGGCAAAACUGCUUCUUUGUUUGAAGGAUUGUUUAGCACGUUUGUCGCAAUGCAUUGAACGUAGAAAUUUGCCUCACUACUUCGUUAGAAAAGCAAACCUUUUCAGGCAUCGUUUCUUGUCGCCUCAUGAGAAAAUAGUCGCAAUAGAAAAACUACGAAAUGUAACAGACAAUAUAGUUAUUUCGACAAUUAAUGCAGGUCUACAUCCGCAAUCAAAAAUACGUAAACUAUGGAAAGAUAGUGGUAAAAAAACUACCAAUGUUUCUGUCAGAAGGGGUCAAAAAUGA